UGUAAAAUUCAACCUGGAUCAGAUCAUCUAUGCACUAAAUUUGACUGCAUCGGAUGGGGCCCUGCAGUUUUAUGUACUUUUCAUUAAGUUUUUAACGUCAAUUUUAUAACAGUACUCCAUAAAAUGUAAACAUCUUUUGGCUAAAACUGUUACUCAGAUCGGGACAUUGUAAGUAAAGUUCACAUUUUACCUGUGAUCUACAAAGUUGUACAUUACAUAUUUGAAACAUUGAUGUUGAAAUAUAUAUUUGGAUUAUAAAAGUUCAAUGGAGUAUUAAAAGAAAGUGAUAAUUGUGAACUGUAUGUGACGUAACAGUUUUUAUUUUUUAAACGGAUAUUCUGUGGAAGCAAUGGAGCAAGAUGAUAACUGGGAGAAUAUAAACUGGGAUGAUCAAAGCAUGGACCGAAUACUCAAAGCUUUAUCGGAGGGAAUGGUCUUGCACAAAAUCAAAGAUGGCGGAAUACUGUACCCUCGCAAGUUUAUAUUGGACACACAGAACAUGAAGUGAUACACUGGAUCAGAGAAAAAAUUCAGAAAAAAGAAAACUUCUUGGGAUUUAUCAAAUAUAAGAGAAGUGAGAGAAGGAGAAAAAGAUUAUGCAAAGAGAUUGGAACCAUUUGAUAGGGGGAGAUGUAUAGCUGUCAUAUUUGGAGCCAAUCAUCAUGUCUUACAUCUGCUGACAGAGAGCAAGCCAGAGAGGGACAUGUGGUUGAAAGGACUAAGAUUUGCUCAAAAUAUGGAACAGUAUAUGGACCAGAAGGAACAGACUGAUAAAUGGAUCAGAGAUGCCUUUAUGAUGGCUGAUAAAAAUAACGACGAGAGAUUAGAUUUUGAAGAAGUAUUGAAACUUUUAAAACAGUUAAAUGCAGACAUGGAUAAGAAAUAUGUUCAUGCAUUGUUUGAUAAAGCAGACACCAACAAGGGUAUGGGAGAGACAUCAACAUUAGAUGCUGAAGAAUUUGUACAUUUUUAUCAUUCGGUAACAGAAAGAAUUGAAAUAGAAGAAAUUUUUCUCAAGUAUGAUGGCGGUAAAGGUUAUUUUACAGCUGAUGAUCUUCAAAGGUUCAUGAAGGAACAACAAAAGGAGAAUGUAAGUGAAGAUCAAGCCAAGGAAUAUAUAGCAGCUUAUGAACCUCAGAAAAAUAUGCAGCUAGAAGAUCAAAUGAGUCUUAUUGGUUUUAGGUGUUUUCUUUGCUCUAAAGAUCAACAGAUAUUUAAACCUGCUCAUACCAGAGUUUAUCAAGAUAUGAACAGACCUGUUACUCAUUAUUUUGUAAAUUCAUCGCAUAAUACAUAUUUACAAGAGGAUCAGUUGAAAGGUCCCAGUAAAGUAGAGGCCUAUAUAACAGCUCUAUCAAAUGGAUGUAGAUGUGUAGAAUUGGACUGUUGGGAUGGGCCUGACGAUGAGCCUGUUAUUUACCAUGGUUACACAUUAACAUCCAAAAUUCUUUUCCAUGAUGUCAUCACAGCAAUAAAAGAAUAUGCAUUCCAAGCAUCACCGUAUCCUGUCAUACUUUCAAUAGAAAAUCAUUGUUCUGUCAAACAACAAGCUGUUAUGGCUAACAAAGUAAAUGCCAUCUUUGGAGAUCUCUUAUAUGCCCCUGAAGAGCCUCCUGCAACCAUCCCAUCUCCAAGUGAUCUCAUGGGCAAAAUUAUUCUCAAGGGUAAAAGACUUGCUACAGUAGGAAACACAGUGCCAGAAGAUGAAGAGGAACAUGAAGUCAGUGACGAGGAUGAGGCAGCUGAGGUACAAGACGCAACCUCACAGGAGAAAGAACGGGCAACAAAGAAAAAGUCAAAAUUGAAGUUAUCUCCCAAAUUCUCAGCAAUUGUUGGAAUGAAGGCUGUUAGUUAUAAAGGGAUAGAGGAAACUUUAGCAACAGAUGGAAUGUUUGCAUCCAUUGGUGAAAACAAAGUGUUGAAGAUAAUAGACCAUGACCCAGAAGGACUGAACAAACUGACACAGAAACUGUUUGUCCGUACUUACCCCGCUGGUUCAAGAACAGACUCAAGCAACUAUAAUCCUACACCAAUGUGGAAUGUUGGAUGCCAAGUUGUUGCCCUGAAUUUCCAGACAGGUGGUGAACCAUUGCAAUUGAAUCAUGGGAAAUUUAUGGAUAAUGGAGGAUGUGGAUACUUACUGAAGCCACAGUUCCUUUUGUCAAGUGACAAGUUUGGUAUAGUUACAGAGAAAAUUAAAAAUCCAAAGCGAAGGAAAUUAAUAGUUAAAGUAAUAAGUGCUUAUCAGAUUCCAAAGCCAAACAACUCUAAGAAAGGGGAGAUAAUCGAUCCAUUUUUAAAGAUAGAAAUUCAUGGAGUGAAAUCAGAUCAACAGUCAGUGAAGACGAGUGUUAAAGACAAUAAUGGAUUUAAACCACGUUGGGAUGAAGUUGUCAGAUUCAAAAUAUCUGUGCCAGAGAUGGCGCUUGUACGCUUCGUCAUCUAUGAUCAUGAUAGAUAUUUAGAUGAUUUUAUUGGCUACAACGUUGUUCCUAUUUUAUCUAUGCAAGAAGGUUAUCGUCACAUUCCAUUAUUCAGCAAGAAUGGAGACAAAAUGCCACAAGCUUUGGUAUUUGUACAUAUAGAGUUUGAAGAUGACCUUUGAAAUGAUGCAAUAGAAUGAAGCUGUGAUGCCAUUAUGAACAAACAUAUGUUCAGCAAAGGAGCCUUUGAAAUGUGCCAUAUAAAAGAGCUCAAUUUAUAUCAUAAAUGGUACUAGCUGUAUGCUGUAAAACAUUAUAGAAUUAAAUCAUAGAAGAUUUAAGAUAAAGCUUAUUUAUUUAAAUACGGAUUGCCCAUGGGCUACUAGUGGAUCUCCUCAAGAUGAUGUACAAUAGAAGCUUUAUUUUUUCUGCAUGAGUUAGAUUUCAUUAUAUUUCAAAGUGAAAAUAGUGUACACAGAUUACAUCUACAUCAACUUUUGCAGUAUUUUAUAGAUAUAAAAAAAGCUUAUUAUUUGUAGUAAUAAUUAUUAUUUAAUACUGUCAAUUCAGAAACUAUUGAUUAAUUUGCAACAAGAUAGGUGUUACAAAACUAAAAACUUGCACAUAAAAUUUGAUAGUCUUAUUUGCAUGUAGCAUUUUCUCAAAUAGCAAUUAUCAAACUUGCAUUUGUGUCGAUUUUUCAAUAAUCACAAUAUAGAUGCAGGCAAUAAUUUCUAAAUUUACAAUAUAAUAAAGUUGAAUAUUCAGUCUAUGAAUAAAAAAACAUUUACAUUUAUAAAACAAAGGUAUUUUUUAGAAAAAAAAUAUUGAUUUAAUUUUUUUUAAAUGCUAAGCUUAUUUUUCAAAGUCGGGGCAAUAGGUUAAAAUGCAAAUGCAGGAAAUAAUUUAUAUCUUACCAUUUCUUAUUCUUAUACAUGACUUCUACUAUUGUAUAAAUCAGUAAAUUAUACACAUGUGCCUUUUAUUACGACUUGCACAAAUUAUGAUAUAUAUAUUUAACUUGAACCCAUUCGAUAUUGUUGUUCAAAAAUUAGUGCGAUCUCAAACUUUUAUUUUUUAUUUUAAUUCCGAAUUUCUGCAUUAUUUGUAUGGAAGUUUCUGGAAAAUUAUGUUUUGUAUAAAAGUCUGAUAUAUAUAUAUAUAUAAUAUUAUGGGUUAUUUAUUAAAGAUUUUCUACCUAUAACUGGUAAUAUGAAUUUAUUGAUAUUAAUUCUGUGGCAUUUUUAGUUUUAUGAAAGAGGGAAUUGAAAUUCUGUUUACAGAAUAAUUAAUGAAUAUGAAAUACAAAUUGUACAGUUUUUAAUGUUUAUAUGUUAUGCAGCAAAAUUAUUACAAGAAUGUGUAGAGGAUUUGAAAUCAAAAACUGAAAUAUAUCAUUAAUAGUCAAAUGUAUCGCUGGAUUCAUUAUCUUUGUAAAAUACAGAUGAAUAUAUUUCUGUUGAAAAAAAGUUUGUAUUUUUAUAUAUAAGUGAGUUUCAGAUUAUUAUUAUUUUAACAAUUUACAGCAAAGAUAUCUGAGUGUGUACACACACCAGUGAUUUUUGUUUGUUUGCUAUGUGAAUUAUAAAGUCAAAAUAAUCUUUGUUUUCUUUUUAUCGAAAGAGUAUAUAUAAAUACAGCUCUUCAAUUGAAUUAUUUGAUGGAAAAAACAAGAAAAACAGAAAAAUCGGUUUAACUUUUUGUGUCUAUUUUUCAGAAUUACUGAUAAAGAAUUCAUGGUUCAUUUACCAAAUGAAAUAAAAUACUAUUUUAUGCAAGUACACAUUCAAAUCGUCUGACUGUAAGAUUCCAAAAGAAAUUUGUAAAUAAGAAUCAUUUUCUGAUGUAGUGAUAUAACUCAACAUUUCAGAUGUAGUAUCUAUUAAGUUUCAAGAGAUUUUUAUGUAUAUAAAAUGGAUGUAGGUUGUAGGAGAUAGUAUGCCAUAUAGUUUUAUGCAUUUUUAUCCUGUUAUUGAAAAAAAAUUUACUACAUGUAUUUCAUAUUUUGAUAUAUUUACAUACCCGUAUAUUAAAAUGCAGAUAAAAGGUCACAUGCAAUUUUUAGAUGCCUUUUAUUUGUAAUUACAUUAUCAUACCAUAUAAGGUCGCAUAACAAAAACUUCUAAGUUCAUCGAAUUCAGUUGGGUAUGUUCCAGAAUUUAAUGCAUGGGGACAUUAUAGGCACCUUAAAGACCACAAAUGAUAUAUUCAUUUACUUAUAAGUCUUUCAAAAUCCUAAGGAAAAUGCAACCCCCACAGUUAAUAAAUUUGCAUGCUUCCCAUAUCACCACCUCUAUAAAUUUUGACACAGCCCUAAAGACAUCACAUUUUAAAAUUUGUCUAGCUUUGGUGUCAUUUCUGUUGCAAAAGAAUUAUAAAGAAAGAAUUGUAAUGAAAAAAAAUUCUUCAAUGAGUGAUUAUAUUUUCUUGAGUAGCAUUUUGAUAUAAUUAUUUGUAAGAGAAUAUAGACUUCAGAUUGGGUUUUCAGCGGAAAAUGAUUAUUUAGGUUCAUAUUUUGUUAAAUACUGUGAUGAAUUUCUGUUGGAAUUGAUUGAGUAUUUUAAGAACAGAUAUAUUUGUAAAAUUACUGUGAAAAUUGUAAGUUAUAAAAUACUGGUACUUUUUACAUUUAUUCAUGUUUGUCUUUCUUCAAUUUAAGAAAUAAUUUUAUAACUUAUAUUUAUGAUAGAUAUAUAGUAUUGAAUUUAUGACUGCUAAUAUGAAAUCUACAACCAGGAAAUAGUUGAUUUUUUGUGUUGAUGCAUAGAAGAUAUGCAAGGUCAGCAUAUUGGAUUUUUUUCCUCUAUAUGUUUUUUUUGUAUCUAGUUUCCAAAACGUUUGAUCUUGGCACUAGUUGUAAUAGCCUGUUUAUCUGAUUCUUUCCCAAUUCAUACUUCCUGGACCAGUUAAUAUUAUUUUCUAUAUGAGCUCAUGUAGUUCAUUUGAUCCCAAUUUUCUUCUGUCAAAACUCAGUUGACAUGAAAUUUCUUGCUUUCCUAUUGUGAUUUCGCCAAAAAAAACAACAAAAAACGGUAACAAUAUCUGUUGACGUCUCAUAGAAUGAUCACAUAUGCAGACCAUUGAAAAAGAAAGAAAAUUUUGAAUUCUAAAUAAUACAUUAUAAAAUUGAGAAUGGAAAUGGGGAAUGUGUCAAAGAGACAACAACCCGACCAUAGAGCAGACAACAGCCGAAGGCCACCAAUGGGUCUUCAAUGCAGCGAGAAACUCCUGCACACGGAGGCGUCCUUCAGCUGGCCCCUAAACAAAUAUGUAUACUAGUGCAGUGAUAAUGGACGUCAUACUAAACUCCAAAUUAUACACAAGAAACUAAAAUUAAAAAUGAUACAAUUGUAUAUAUAUAUAUAUGAUUUUUCUUGCAUCAACAUAAAUUAUCAACAAUUAUGAGUUGUAUGAUUUGUUUUAUUAAAAUAUCUAUGCACAUUAUAUUUACAUCAUAUGCUGUUAUUUAUGAUUACUUUUUCUUUGAUAAAGAUGUAAUUAUUAUA